CAAAGAUCUAAGCUUUUCUUCUUUUCUCUCUCUACAAACAUUCAAAAAUGGCGGCCAUUGGAGCUUCAUCUAGUGAUGGUUUGAUCGUCUGCUUCGGCGAGAUGCUAAUUGACUUUGUUCCGACUGUCUCCGGCGUCUCCCUGGCAGAAGCGCCUGGAUUCUUGAAAGCCCCCGGCGGUGCUCCGGCGAACGUAGCAAUCGCGGUGGCUAGACUCGGCGGAAAGGCGGCGUUCGUCGGAAAACUCGGAGAUGACGAGUUCGGACAAAUGCUGGCUGGGAUCUUGAAAGAAAACGGUGUCAACGGCGACGGAAUCUUAUUCGAUAAGGGCGCUAGAACUGCGUUAGCAUUCGUUACUCUCCGCGACGACGGAGAACGAGAGUUCAUGUUUUACCGGAACCCUAGUGCCGAUAUGCUUCUCACGGCUGAAGAACUCAACCUCGAUCUUAUUAGAUCUGCUAAAGUGUUUCAUUAUGGAUCAAUAAGUUUGAUCGUGGAGCCAUGCAGAUCGGCUCAUAUGAAGGCGAUGGAGGUGGCGAAAGACGCCGGAGCUUUGCUGUCGUACGAUCCGAAUCUGAGACUGCCUUUGUGGCCGUCGCCGGCGGAGGCGCGUGAGCAGAUUAUGAGUAUUUGGGAGAAGGCGGAGGUUAUCAAAGUUAGUGACGUGGAGCUUGAAUUCUUAACUGGGAGUGAUAAAAUUGAUGAUGAGUCAGCAUUGUCUUUGUGGCAUGAUAAUUUGAAACUCCUACUUGUCACUCUUGGCGAGAAAGGGUGUAGAUAUUACACUAAGGGUUUUCGAGGGAGUGUGGAUGGUUUUAAUGUGAAUGCUGUGGAUACAACUGGAGCUGGAGAUUCAUUUGUGGGUGCUCUGUUAUGCAAGCUUGUUGAUGACCCGUCUGUUCUUGAGGAGGAGGGUAAAUUGGUAAAAGUGUUGAAAUUUGCUAAUGCAUGUGGGGCGAUAACAACGACUAAGAAAGGGGCAAUUCCGGCUCUGCCUACUGAAUCCGAUGUUCUUAGUCUUAUCGAAGGCUAGGGCGAAAUUGUUGUCGUUGUCGCUGCGAUUCAAGAAGUUUAGUUGAGACUUGAGGGUUUUUAAUAUUGUUCUGAUGGUUAAAAUGUUGCUUGUUUUUUCAAUAAUGUUUAAUAAUUUGUAAUUGUUGUUGUUAAUGCGGCUUUACAAGUGCAAGCAAUUAAUAAAUU